GGUCAGCGUCACUUAGCCGUUCUUGCCCUCUUAAAGCCCAGACCACCAUCUCAAGGAAGACUUUGGGAGCCUCCAACUGGGAACCCUCCACACUCUCUUCAAGUGACUCACAGCAGCACCAACAGUCGCAAUGAAAAUUCUAAUCCCUUUCCUCCUUCUGUUGCUGCCACUAAUGCUGAUGCCUGUGGUCUCUAGCAGCCCAAAUCCAGGGAUCGCCAGAGGCCAACGGGACGAUCGCCAGGCUCCUAGGACAAGGCCCCACAAAGGCAGCCAAGAAUGUGAUUGCAAAGACUGGUUCCUGAGAGCCCCUAAAAGAAAACUUAUGGCAAUGCCUGAGAUGCCAAAGAAGCAGUGUCCCUGUGAUCAGUUCAAGGCCAGUGUGAAGAAAACCAGGCACCAAAGGCACCACAGGAAGCCAAACAAGCACUGGAGAGCCUGCCAGGAAUUUCUCAAACAAUGUCAGCUAGCAAGCUUUGCACUGCCUUUAUAGGACUCCCUCUCCCAAUAAAGCAUUCUUAGUCAAGAUGGUAGAGAACACCUAGAGGAUGCCCUCCUCCCACUUCCAGCUCCCCUACCCUGCCCCUACUCCAGCAUUCUCACAAAGCAUUUUCCCCAAGAUUAGUGCUCCCUCUAGUGCCCUCUUCUCUUGUCAGUCUUUUUUCCUGUGCGCCUCCUCCCUCCCUUUUCCCAGGCUUAAACUUAAUUACCUGGAAACCCUGGUUUCUUAACUGGUCCCAAAUGACCUUACAUAUAACCAGGCAAGUAGCAAACAGAAAAUAAAUAUUUUUAAAUGUA